AUCUUAGCAUGUGUCCGUUCAGAGCGCGCGCCUUCCAAAUCUACUGUCUCCUACUUGUCAUAGACUGAAUGGUUUGCCGUACACCACUCCUACGGCAUCCCGCUGUCUACGCAUGUGCCGAAAAACUCGAAAGCAUUCUUUAGUGGCCAUUGGCAGCUGCCGGACAAGCCAAGUAAGCGAUACUAACUAGACCGUGUAGAGGUAAGCGUAUUAUGUGCUACAGUCAACAAUGAGAGGGCAAAUUUAAGAAUCAGGAGGGAGGGAGUAGGAUAUGACUUUUUGAACAACUCGUGUCGCCGCAACGGACGAGGUCAAUCUGAGAAGUUUGUCUGACGCGCUGCUGUGCGAGAGGACUCGUGUCUAGGCAUCUCAACACUACAUCCUUGGCACCUCGCUGGCAGCCUAGUCUAUAUCCUACGCAGUCUCGAGCAAGCCAGCGAUUGAGCCGCACGUUGAGACGAUCGAGCGUUACACCCUACGAGUGUAUAGUUGACGCCCUUCCACCGCUGAAGUUCUUGAAGCUUGCGUCUCAAAGUCGCAGUAGAGGGGUGUAGAUGCCGUCAGAGAGCUGAAGAACACUUGUCUCUUGCAACCAAGCGGCA